GUGGCUGUGAAGUCGGUGAGACUACUGAAUUUAUCGAUCCGUCAUUGUAAAAGUGCCUCAAAUCUAUCGUUUCUCUCUGAAGAAUCUGUACGUUUUCAGCUGUAAUCAUGGUGCAAAUGAAGCUUUUCGGUGGUCUCGUCUUCGUGCUGUGUCUGCUUGUGCCUUUGACCUCCGCGGACUCCAAGGAUGUUCGCUACUGCGACAAGAAGGCUAACUAUGCGGUGAAGAUCAAUGAUCUCCAGAUAGACCCUUAUCCUAUUUCCAGAGGAGUUAAUACUACCUUUCAAAUGGCUGCAUCUACAGCUGAACCAAUCUCCAGCGGGAAGCUUGUAAUUGAAGUUUCAUACUUUGGAUUUCACAUUUACACUGAAGAACACGAUCUAUGUAAAGAGACGUCAUGCCCUGUUUCCAUUGGCGACUUUCUAGUUUCUCAUGCUCAAGCAUUGCCUGGAUUAACACCACCUGGUUCCUACUCUCUAAAAAUGAAAAUGAUGAAUGGAAAGAAGCAAUUAACCUGCAUUACUUUCGACUUCAGCAUCGGGUUUAUAGCAGAGGAGAAUGUGGCUGAUGCUUAAAUGACCGA